AUGGUUCUUGCCUUCUGGGACUUUCUGGAGCCAGGUACGUCUUCUUUUUUUGUCAUCUUUUUUCUUUCCGUCUACUUCUUUCGGUACCGAGGCGCUAAUGGAGGAAAAAGUCCUACAGCCGACUUUACGAGAGAAGGAAGGGGCACGUGUGACUAUUAUACCGUGUGGUGGAAUGACAGGUCAAGAGCCCAAGUUGAACGAAAUCCUCGGGAUCUUCGAUUUGCCCUUUGUCACAAUCGGGGCAACUGGAAUCUCGCAUCUUCCUCUGCCUGCUUCGGUGUCUCAACUUUUGCCUGCGCUAGCCGUGGCGGAAAGGUCCCUGUUUCGAUUCCAGAGCACUGGGGGACACAUGCCUUACUGCGCACCCGCGGACACAAGAACACAUGGGCGAAGUGUCUUCUGGCAAUUGGAACCGGAGACCGAGCUGGCGGGCAGGAGAUGGCCCCUGGGGCCCUGGGCUGCUGGGGUCGUCGCCUUGGGUUAGGUUGGCCCCCCAUUAGAGGUGCUGCAUCUCGCUUCGGCCGGCGGAAGAGUGCCGGUGAUGUGAGAGAUGAUGCAGCUGUAGGAUGCUGGGACCUGGGUCGACACACCCUCACGAGGUCUCUAGGCACAUCUAUUUGUACGCCGCACAAUGGUGCCUUUUCAGCUGCCAUACCGCCUAUUCGAAUAGGAAUAGUAGAGCGAUGUCAGCACACUGCAGUAUCAGUCGGUGAAGCAUGUCCUGAAAUACGACAGGAAGAUGACCUGAUGGGACUGGUGCUACGUUCACAAACACGCGCGUGUCAGUCGAAGCCAAUGCUGCGCUAG